AUGAAUAUUGUAAACAGAGUUGGUAGUGGCCAAUUGUAUACUCGUAAACUGUGUGCACUAGCUUCGCUUGAUGUCGCUAAUGCAUUCAACUCGGCACCGUGGGAGAAGAUUGAUGCUGCUCGCAUACACAAAAGGUUUCCAGCCUAUCUCAUAAAAAUGAUCAGGUCGUGUAUUUUGAGUAUUAUAACGGAGAGUGGACGGCGUUUGGUGACUACUGGUGUACCUCAGGGCUUGGUCAUUGGACCAAUACUGUGGAAUAUUUUUUAUGAUGGUUUGAUGCGGCUGGAACUUCCGGAAGGUGUACAAAUCGUGUGCUUUGCAGAUGAUCCGGCGGUGGUUGCCACAGGGCAUACUACCUGGUUGUUGGAGAAAGCCAUGAAUGACUCCUUACAGCUGGUCUCUACCUGGAUGGAAGAACAGGGAUUGUUGCUAUCAAGCAGCAAGUCUCUUGCAAUAAUGCUUACAACGAAGCGAGGCUAUGAUAAGCCAACGUUCAAAAUUGGUGACACGGUUAUAGAACUUUCUGAUGAUGUGAGAUACCUCGGGAUGCAGCUCAGCUCUGUGCUGGGCUACAGGAAGCAUAUAGAGGUUGCAAGUGACAAGGGCACGAGAACAGCUGCGGCACUUUCUCGCUUAAUGCCCAACGUUGGAGGACCCUCUGCCGCAAAGAGGAAAUUGCUUACGACGGUUGUUCAUUCACAACUACUGUAUGCGGCACCGAUCUGGUGUGGCGCACUUCAGCACGAGGUCAAUCGCAACCAACUAUCUUCCCCAAAGAGAAAGAUAUCGUUGAGAGUUGCGAGUGCCUACUGUACGGUGUCGUACGCGGCUAUAAUGGUGGUAGCAGGCAUAAUACCCAUCCAUUUACUCGCAGCUGAAAGAUCAGAGAUCGAGCAUGCAAGGAGAGAUGGCAGAGAUCUAGCUGAGGCUAAAAGGGAAGCGAGAGAUAGAGCAAUGAAUAAUUGGCAGGCCGAAUGGGACCGGAAUGAUACUGGGAGUUGGACACGCAGGCUAAUACCUCGAAUCGAUGUGUGGAAGAACAGGAGAUGGGGUCAACUUAGCUACCACGUCACUCAGUAUUUGACGGGGCAUGGAUGCUUCAACAAGUAUCUACUGCGAUUCAAGAAGAGGGAGAACGCGGUGUGUAUGUACUGCGAUCACCCGAAUGAUGACGUCGAACAUACAUUUAUCGGAUGUGACAGAUGGUGGCAGGAAAGACGUAUCCUGGAAGUGGAAUUGGGAAGCGAACUGACCCCGGAAAUUAUGGUGGAGUGCAUGCUACAGUCGAAGAAAAAUGGGAUCGAGUCGUCAAGUUCAUUACAGCUGUCAUGA